AUGGAGCAGCCCUCGAUUGCCCCUGGCGGCGUCCCAAACUCCGGUGCUAAUUCCUUCCCGUCUCCGAAGUCGUCGUCCUCCUCCGAGUCCUCUUCGCGGUCGUCGAAGAUGGACGGCAACGGCAGGACGGCGACGGCGACGGCGUCGAAGAAGCCGUCCCCGCCGACGCCGGAGGAGCUCGUGGCGCACUACGAGGCGCAGGGGUUGGAGCCGAAGGAGGCUUCUCUGCGCGUCAUCAGGGAGCUGCAGACUGUCCUCUAUCGAACGGUGGCGUCCGGGAGGGGGAAGAAGGACCGCUUCAUGGGCGAAACUGGCCGCAAGCUCGACAACGCCAAUGCCCGCCUCGCCCUCGUCGAGAUGAAGCUCGACGCCAAGCCGGGGUACCCGGAAUCUUUCGCCAUCGGCGUCUGCGCGGGGGCGGCGCUUAACGGCGUCGGAGCUGCGGCGCCGCAUAUUCUCGGCGGACUCCGCAAGAUGUGGGAGGCAGUCAGCGGCGCCACCAAGGACCAUUCUUCUCCCCCCUAG